CCAGGGUUAAACACAUGCCUUCCCCUCCCUCCCCCAGAGAUGACUCAGGAGGGACCAGGUCAGCAAGCCCAACGGCAGGCAGGGCCCCCAAGGAAAGGCUGAGGGUCCAAGUGGGCAAAGUCGGGGUGGGGAGUGGGGAGAAAGGGAGAUUCCCGUGGGUCUCAGCUCAGAAGCUCAUUUUCAUGCACCAGUCCCCCAGGCUCAGCUUCCGCCUGCUCCUGGCUUCCCCUUCUGCCCCUGCCCAGUGGCAGUCACGGCGUCUGGGGAAGGAGCCUGCCUUGGGGCAGACCCAAGUGCCUCCUGUGCAGAGAUGUUCCUGCUGCUGCUGUUUGCCAUGUUAAGCGACGGAUAUCUGGUUCCAAUCUCAGAAUUCUCCCUGAGAGUGCAGAAGAAAGUGACGGUGCAGGAGGGCCUGUGUGUGCUUGUGCCCUGCACCCUCUCCUACCCUCACAGAAACUGGAGUGAAGAUACCCCAGCUUAUGGCUACUGGUUCAAACUUUGGGGCGCCUCUGUUCUGCCAGUGGCCACAAACAACCAGUCUCAAAAGGUGGACACGAAUACCCAGGGCCGAUUCCAGCUCGUGGGCAGUCCUCAGGACAAGAGCUGCUCCCUGCUGAUCAGAGAUGCACAGAUGGGAGACAGGGCAACAUAUUACUUUCGGGUCGAGAGAGGCUCUUACGUGCGAUAUAAUUUCAAGCAAAAUCUAUUCUCUCUGGAUGUGACAGCCUUGACACGGAAGCCAGAUGUCUACAUCCCAGAGAUGCUGGAGCCUGGGCACCAGGUGACAGUCACUUGUGUGUUUGACUCAGACUUUGAGCAAUGUCCAGUCCCUACUUUCUCCUGGACUGGGGCUGCCCUCUUCUCCCAAGAAACCAGACCGACAAGGUCCCACGUCUCCAUGCUCACUUUCACACCAAGGUCCCAGGAUGACGGCGCCAACCUCACCUGUCGAGUAGAUUUCUCCAGAAAGGGCGUGAGUGCUGAAAACACCAUCCGCCUUAAUGUGGCCUAUGCUCCCAAAGGUCUGUUGAUCAGCACUUCCCCAGCCAAAGGAUCAGCCCUGGAGCCCCAGGGAGACAGCCUAUAUCUGGAAGCCCAGAAAGGCCAAGACCUGCGACUGCUCUGUACUGCUGACAGCAGACCCCCUGCCACCCUGAGCUGGGCCCUGGAGGACAGGGUCCUUUCUUGGUCCCACCCCUCAGGAUCCAAAGCCCUGGAGCUGGAGCUGCCCAGGGUGAAGCCUGGGGACUCAGGACACUACACCUGCAGAGCCGAGAACAGGCUUGGCUUCCAAAGCCGCACCCUGAACCUCUCUGUGCAGUAUGCCCCCGAGAACCUGAGAGUGAUGGUUUUCCAAGCCAACAGGACAGUCCUGGAAAACCUCAGGAAUGGCACAUCCCUCCCAGUCCUGGAGGGCCAAAGCCUGCGUCUGCUCUGUGUCACUCACAGCAACCCCCCAGCCUUGCUGAGCUGGGCCCGGGGGGGACAGAUUCUGCACCCUUCCCAGGCCUCAGACCCUGAGGUCCUGGAGCUGCCUCAGAUACAAAUGGAGCAUGAAGGAGAAUUCACCUGCCAUGCUUGGAACCUGCUGGGCUCCCAGAACGUCUCUCUGCAUCUCUCUGUGCACUACCCCCCAGAGCUGCUGGGACCCUCCUGCUCCUGGGAGGAGGAGGGUCUGUACUGCAGCUGCUCCUCCCGAGCCCAGCCGGCCCCCUCCGUGCGCUGGCGACUGGGGGAGGGGUUGCUGGAAGGGAACCUCAGCAAUGCCUCCUUCAAGGUCACCUCCAGCUCAGUGGGGCCCUGGGCCAACAGCUCCCUGAGCCUCAGCAAGGGGCUCAGCUCCAGCCUCAGGCUCAGCUGCGAGGCUGGAAAUGUCCACGGGGCCCAGAGCGCCACUGUCCUGCUGCUGCCAGAUAAAAAGGGACUCAUCUCAGAAGCGUUCUCUAACGGAGUAGUUCUGGGCAUUGGCGUCACCACCCUCUUCUUCUUCCUUGGCCUCUGCCUCAUCCUGGUCAUCAUGAAGACGCUGGGGAAGAAACAGACCCAGGCAGAGACUCCGACCCAGGCAGAGACUCGGAGGCCCAGGAUCGCAAGGAGGAGCACGAUCCUGGAUUACAUCAACGUGGUCCCUCACACCGGUCCUCUGAUGGAAUGUAAGCUCAGCGAGAACAGAGGCUUCGUUUUACUCCCUGAUGUAACCCCAGUUCCUCCAUCAGUGCCUGGCAUGUGGCUGGGAAUCGGAAUGCCAAACCAAGCAGUCCUUUCCGGAUGCCUCCUGCAGAGGCUGACUCUCCACAAUCUAAGAACAGCCAGGAGCUACGUUGUGUUGCCCACAGUGGUCCAGGACCCAAAGCACCCCCUCAAGCCCCAGAAUCAAGGAACAAUGAAGAGGAGCUCCAUUAUGCUACCCUCAACUUCCCAGGCCUCAGACCACAGGAGACCCAGGAGUCCAAGGACACUGGCUCAGAAUACGCAGAAAUCAGGUUCCACUGAGGGUCCACAGGCUGUGGGGACAGGGAUCCAGGCUAGAGAGAAAGGCAGGGCCAUUGAGAGGACGAGGAAGAGGGCAAAGUAUCUGUCUCUUUUUCUUCUACUCCUCCAAGGAUGGGUCAUUUGAACUGCUUGACAAAUCUUCAGAGUGACCUCUAAAUACACAAGGAUAAACUUUUCUUCUGACAUACCCAGGCACCACCCUAGCUGAUAACUCACAGUCUCACGUUUCUCAACGGUGGGAGGGCCUUUAAAGACGGUUAAACAACCAUCUUUGUGAGGUCAGCAAGCUAACCUCUCAGGUCAAGACUGGUCCUAUGCCUAUUUUCAUUCCGCAUGUCAGCCAAUAAUUUUUUUUUAACCUUUUAAACAGCUGGGGAGAAAAAAAAUCAAGACAAGAAGAAUGUUUUGUGAUGCAUGGAAAUAUAAAAUUCAAAUGCUGAUGUUCAUUAAUAAAGUUUUAUUGGAGCCCAGACAAGCCCAUUCUUUUAUGUAUCACCAUCUAUGGCAGGUUUCAUGUGGAGUUGAGUUGCCAGCCUGCAAAGCCUUAGAUAUAUAGCGUCUGGUCCUUUACAGGAGAAGUUUAUGGAUAUUAGUCUAAAGUAAAUUCACCCACUUAUUUUUACAGAAGAGGAAACAGGAGCAGAGGUUCAGAAAGGGGUCAAAAGCAGCCAAGGUCUACGUGACUAUCUGUGGGUCUAGAUGGAAGGUUCCCAGAGUGAGGGUGUGAGGCACGAGGGGGUAAAGGAUGAACGCAUUGUCCACCCCCAAUCUAGGGAAGAGCAAAUACUUGAGGGCAUGGGAGCGGGGACACUGGCAAAAUGGAAUGAAGAACAAACUGGCAAUGUGUUCUGAUCCAACCAGCUGGUAAACAGAGGAAAAGGAGUCUGUUUCACACAGCAAAGCAUGUCUUUUCCCUUUGUCCUUCCCCAGAGCUCAUAGUUCUAAUUGUUUCAUGGACAGUCCUCUUGGGGGAUGGCUGCCAGUUGUCAGGCAGAAAACUGGGUACUCAGAAAAGAUGCUGGUCUUUGCAUUUUUUAAAAAAAUUUUUAUUGGGUAACUGUGUUUUUCCCAGGACCCA